CAUCAUCAUUGUGCUAGGGCAAAGAAACCAAGAUAUGGUUCAUUCCCACGUUGAUUGCUUUUGCUUUACUCGAAUUCUUUUGCUCUAUUCUCUCUUCGUCCUAGCUUUUGCUGAAGCUCCUUAUAACUUUUGUUCAAACACUACUAUUGGCAGUCCAAUUCAAUACAAUCUCAAUAAUCUCUUCCUUUCUUUGCACUCAAAUGCUUCAGUUUCAAAUUUCUAUUAUACGUCUAUUGGAAAUGGCCCAGAUAGACUAUUUGGCCUCUACAUGUGCCUCGACUAUGUCACAAAUGUAAGCUGUCAGGAUUGCAUAACAAUGGCUUCAACUGACCUCACGAAACUUUGUCCGGAAGCAAGGGAAGCGGUAAUGUGGGAAGAAUUAUGUGAAGUUCGUUACUCAUAUAAAGAUUUCUACGGCCAGUACAUGUUAAAUGUCACAGGAAAUCUUUUUACAGAUAUAAACAUGAUGAAUAUAUCGGAACCAGAGCAAUAUAGAUCCAUUGUGAAUGACACACUAGGUGAUCUUACAAAGCAGGCAGCUUUUGGCUCUUUGGCCAACAUGUAUGCUACUGGUGAAGUUCCCUUCAUAGAUAGAACCAUCUAUGCUUUAGUGCAGUGCUCAGGAAAUUUAUCUGCAGAAGAUUGCAAUUCAUGCCUUCACAUUGCUAUCACAGAAAUUCUAACUUGCUGCUAUUCUGCUAUUGGUGCUAGAGUUAUGGGUACUAGUUGCUAUUUACGGUAUGAGGUAUAUCCUUUCUAUGGUGAUGCACUAGCACCACCAAAAAAUUUGAUAGCUGGAAGUGGUGGAAGGAAAAAAUGGAUGAUCAUAAUCCUUACAAUUGUAUCAGUAUGCCUGGCAAUAGCACUUUUAGGUUAUUGUGUCUACUGUCAUGUAAACAAUAAAAGAACUCAAAAGAGAAGAAAAGACAUGAAAGAUCAGGAAUCCCCUAAUAUUAGUUUGACAUCUAUAUGUGAAGCUACUAACAACUUCUCUGAAUCAAAUAAGCUUGGACAAGGUGGCUUUGGUUCUGUUUACAAGGGUUUAUUAAGUGAUGGAAAGGAAGUAGCUGUCAAAAGGCUUUCAAGAAGUUCUGAACAAGGUUUGAGGGAAUUCACCACUGAAGUUCAACUAAUUAAGAAACUUCAACACAAAAAUCUUGUCAGGCUUUGGGGUUUUUGUGUAAAAGGAGAUGAAAAGUUGUUUGUCUACGAGUAUAUGCCUAAUAACAGCCUUGAUGUCUUUCUCUUUGAUCCAAAGAAACGUGUGCAGCUCAAUUGGAGUAGACGUCUUAGUAUUAUUAGUGGAAUUGCACGAGGGGUUUUAUGCCUUCACGAGGAUUCUCGACUUAGAGUCAUUCAUAGGGACCUUAAAGCUAGCAAUGUGUUGUUGGAUCAUGACAUGAAUCCAAAGAUCUCAGAUUUUGGAAUGGCAAAAAUAUUUGAAGGAAAUCAAAGUGAAUCCACCACAGGAAUAAUUGUUGGGACAUAG